UCCUCGGCUGUGGGCAGGAGGAUAGCGCAACUCCCGCCUGUGUAACAUCUGAAGAGAUUUGCUGGAUGUGAAAAAUAACUUUCCCGAACCACCUUGGUGUUGUGCUGUGUUUGUUGGGACGAUGUUUGGGAGAUUGAGUCUUCCGCAGUUGCUUUUUGCUGGCAUCGUGGGAAUUGCUGGAGGAAUAUGUACUUAUCAACCAAUAUUUGAACAAUAUUCCAAAGACCAAAAGACGUUAAAAAAGGUGGAAUUAACAGAAUCAAAAGAGAAGAGAAGUUAAUGCUACAUGGCGUUGAAUUGUAAUAACUGCAUAAAGUUCGAUUGGACUUAAUAGUCACAAUAAGGAACCUAGUAAAAACAGGUAUGUAUUUUAAAUAUAAAUAAAUCAUAUAUAAUGAUAAAAAAAAACAAAAUUCGACUGAUUCUUCUUGAAUGUGUCUGAAAACCUCACUAAGAGGAAUUUGCGCCCAAACAACCAGAACACCACAGGCACCGGAAGUCUGUUUUGUUUUUUAGACCAGUUUAUGUCCAGAAACAACUGGGUGUGGGCAGGACUAACCUAAAUUGUAUGUGUGCUACAACUUGUGUGCUCCCUGGCUUCCUUGGACUGACCAGAGGCUGCGGGUGGCAUCCGUCAUGCUGCUGGAGAGACGCCUCCCGGAUGGAGUCCCAGCAAGUGCCAUCAGGCGUGUUCAGAGAAGGACAAAUGCUCCCCUGCGUGCAUCCUUCGGUUCCAGCCCAUUCCCACAUGUUAGGCCAACUAUCUCGCUCCUGAUUUAAAUCUAAAUGAAAGUUUUUGUUUUCCUGUUGCUUCUUUAAAAACAACAACAACAAAACAGAGGCAGUGCCCCCCACCCCCUUCUUACUCUCCCAAAGAAAGAAGACAGUCAGUGACAAAUGACAGCUGCAACAGGGCAGCUUCACUCUUGGGAGAGGAGGCUGUGAGUCCUCUUGGCUUCCAGCACUCUGUAUACUAGGGAAACUUCCCCAGUGUUGAGCUGCAGCACGGACCCCUGGAAGUACAGCUUUCUGUGCCAGUUUCUUUAUUCAUUAGUUCAACAUUUCUGAGUGACCAGUAUGGGCCAGAAGCUGUGCU